AUGCACGCCCGUCUCGAAACGUUUGGCUGGGGACCGCAGGGAAACAAGCCGCCGAAAGCAAAGGCGCGUCGUCCUUCGGCGCGCUCGAAGAAAGCCGGCACCACGACGGAGGUCAUAAGCUGGCCCCUUCAAUCCCCGGCCCCAUACGAUUUAGCCUACGCAGGAUUCAUCUUCAAGCCCACAUCCGCGAGCCCCGACAAUGUCCAAUGUUUCAAUUGCGGCUGCCAGCUCGAUGGCUGGGAACCCGCCGAUACGCCUGCUUACGAGCACCUCACACAUUCGCCUACUUGCGCCUUCGCCAUCAAUAUCUGCAUACGUUACCGCCAGGGUGACCCAGAUCGAGUGGAAGAAGACCCCCUGAGCGAGCAUAUGAUGGCCGCGCGUCGCUCGACUUUUGGAGAUUACUGGGACUUGGACACAUCAGCAGGAUUCCCAAGUGUUGAGCAGAUGGUCGAAGCAGGAUGGUACUAUGACCCUAGUGAAGAGAAUCCGGAUGGUGUCACCUGCCCUUACUGCUCCCUGUCGCUGGAUGCCUGGACACCUACCGACGACCCUUUGGAAGAACAUCGUCGACGCGAACCUACCUGUCUCUUCUUCACUCUGAAAGAACUCUACCACCCUCUAGAACUCCCACAAAGCAAGAAAGGAAAGCGCACUUCGAGCAGGACUAGCAGCGCCUCCACGAAGUCGAUUACCAAGAAAUCAUCCACCGCUAAAUCCAAGGCUACGAAAGGAAAGGGAAAAGUGGCAAAGCGCCAGAGCGAACAGACCAAUGCCAGUGUCGAUAUAUCGGAAUUGCCUGUAGAGGUUCCGGUGUCUAAGCCAACGAGGGGGAGGAAACGCGAAAGCCAGUUGACGGAGAGCAGCAUUGAUUUCUCAGAACCCCCUAGACCCGUGAGAAGGACGAAGCGGGCGAGUCAACAAACAGACAAUGGGCUCGAUUCUUCAACCCUUGUCAAGCCCGUCAGGAAGACCAAGCGACAGAGCCAGCAAACCGACACUGGACUUGACUCCUCUAUAAUAGUAAAACCCGGAAGGAAGACGAAACAGCAAAGGGAGCAGACAGACACUGCGCUAGAUGUUCCCGAAUCCCCCAAGCCUGGCAGGAGGACGAAACAGUUGAGUCAACAGACUGAUAAUGGCAAUCUUUUCUCCGAUCCUUCCAAGCCCAUCGAGUCACCCAAACCAGGCCAAAAGACAAAGCGCCAGAGUCAGCAAACUGACAAUGAGAAUCUCUUCUCGGACCCCCCAAAGCCCGCUCCAGCGAAACCCGCCAGGAAGGCGAAGCGGCAGAGCGAGCAGACGGACAUGAGCAUCGAUCCACCUGCGCCACCGCCCGCCAAGGCUAGCAGAAGCAAAGCGACGAAGCGUAAGAGCGACCAGAUGGAAAGCGAUCCGCCAGAGGGCGAGUUCCGCAGGAGCAAACGCACACGUACCAGCGAUGGUAACCCGCAACUUGAAUGGCCAACCUUCUCUCCUCCAGAAUCCAUGAUUGCAUGUACCCCUCCCGCCGUGUUCCGCCCCGAGACCCCGCAGGCGGUGACUCCUCCUACGCCCGUUCCAAAAUGGAACCCCGUGGAUCUCGAGAUAUUCUUUGACCGAGAGAAUCUCCCAGCGAUUACCAAGCUCACCAGCCCGGAGAAGCGGAUGACGAUCGAGGAGUUUCUCAUGCAUGAGGCGAAGCGGCAGGAGGAGAACUUGAGGGUGCAGAUGAUGCAGCAGGUUGCGAAGCUGGAUGUCGAGUAUGCGCGUGCGCUGGCUGCUGUUGAUGAGCUUUGA